CACACAGACGGACGCACACACGGAAGCACACACGCGCACACCCAGCCACCCAGCCCACGCGCCGCGCACACAGGGGCGCACGCACACCCAGAGGCGCACGCACACCGACCGAGAGGCGCGCACAGAGCCCGUGCGCUCCCUCGGCGGAGGCCAGAUGUCCCUCUCCUAAGCUGGAGCUAGCCGGCCCGGCCUCGGUGCCGGCCCGGCCUCGGUGCGGGCCCCGAACUCCCGGGGCUCCCCAGACCCCCCGGCCCAGGAUGGGGCCGCCGCCCGGCUCGCCGCCGUCCCUGCUGCCCGCCGCCGCCCUCUGCCUCCUUUCCUGCCUGCUGUCGGCACCUCGGGGCCACGCGUGCCCCGCGGGCUGCGUGUGCGCCGAUUCGCACACGGUGGACUGCCGGGCCCGAGGGCUGCCCAGCGUGCCGAGCGCCUUCCCCCUGGACGUGCGGAAGCUGCUGGUGGCCGACAACCGCAUCGAGGCCAUCCCGGCCGACUUCUUCAUCUUCUACGGGGACCUGGUGUACCUGGACUUCAGGAACAACUCGCUGAGCUCGCUGCAGGAGGGCGCCUUCAGCGGCUCCGCCAAGCUCAUCUUCCUCGACCUGAGCUACAACAACCUGACCGAGCUGGGCGCCGGCACCUUCCGCUCGGCCGCCAAGCUGCUCAGGCUCAGCCUGGCCAACAACCGGCUGGCCGGCGUGGACGAGGCCGCCUUCGAGAGCCUCGACUCGCUCCAGGUGCUGGAGCUCAACGACAACGAGCUACGGAGCCUCAACGUGGCCGCCCUGGCCGCGCUGCCCUCCCUGCGGACCCUGCGCCUGGACGGGAACCCGUGGCUCUGUGACUGCCAGUUUGCCCAGCUCUUCUCCUGGCUCCAGGACAAUGCGUCCAAGCUGCCCAAGGGCCUCAGUGAAAUACAGUGCUCCCUGCCCAUGGAGAACAGAAGGAUAUCCCUGCACGAGCUGUCCGAAGCCAGUUUUAGCGAGUGUAAGUUUAGCCUCUCCCUGACGGACCUCUUCAUAAUCAUCUUCUCGGGCGUGGUUGUGUCCAUUGCCGCCAUCAUCUCCAGCUUCUUUCUGGCCACUGUGGUCCAGUGCUUCCAGAGGUGUGCUCCCAAUAAAGAUACAGAGGAUGAGGACGAAGAAGAGGAUGACUGACCUGGGAACUCCUAGCACUCUGGUGCGCAAGAUCCCAAGCCAGGAGCCCAGCUCAGGGAAAAGAAAGAGAAAUGGUGGCUUCUGGGAAGUGUUGUCUGCAUCAGGGCAAGGUCAGCAUGACCUUUCUCUCUCCUCUAGACCUUGAGGUCUCAGACCCUGUUGUCCUGCCUGGGGGGAGGGGCUUAGAAAUCAGCAGAGAGAGAGGGAUCCAAGCAAAUACGGAAGGAACCAUCCCACUGUUGUCCAGCCUCUGAGAAAAGGCAUUAAAGGUCAAAGCAAAGCUCCUGCCUGAGAAGGAGGAGGCCCAGCCUGAAAUUAGAGGCCUUCGACUAGAAUGAUGAUUUGAGUUCAUUCAUUUCUCACUGGCCGUGCUGGGGCGGGAUUGAAACAUGCUCCACCUCUCAAAUGACAGCUUGGGGUUGAAGCCCAGAGCCAGACCCACUAGAGAACAAUGACUUGGACUUAGGAACACCUGAGACUGAAUCCUGCCUCGGACUUACUAACCACAACGGCCUGAGGCAAAUCACUGCAACCUCCCCAGCUGGGCCUUGCUUUCUUCAUCUGUAAAAUGAUCACAGCACCUACCUCACAGGGUUGUUGUGAGGGUCAGAUGAGAGUACGUUUGUCCAGUGCUUUGCAAUUCUAAUGCACUUUUAAAAUGUUUGAUAUUAUUGUUGUCCCAGUGCUGACUGAGCUGACGGCUCGCUUCAGAAUCUAGAGAACCCAGGUGCUAGCCUUGCCUCUGCCUCGAACUGACAAGGGGACUCUACCGUUCAGUGCCCCGGGCAAGUCGAUGAGUCUUGGGGCCCGGUGGUGAUCUGCACCGGAAGAGAGAGUUAUUUCCCAGGAGCUCACAAUGAUGACAAAAUCACAAGCCUGGUUCCGUCGAAAGAAAUUAUAAUUGUUAUAUUUCUCAUUGGAGGCAAGAAGUAAACACAUUUUAAAAAAAAAGUAAGCCACUGGAGCCAGUUAAUGACUUGAGCUAAUGGGCUAGAUUAUGAAAUCUAGCAUUUUGAGGGGAGAAUAAAUGAGCCACUGAUCACACCCCAGGGAAAGUAGCUAAGUAGCAGCAGUACCAGCUAAUAUAGCUUGGGCAUGGGAAGAGAAGAUGGGAGAGGGGAUUGGAUGAAGUCGGUGAAACUCUCUCCUCAUCUAUGAAAUUGAUUUGUAGAACCAGGGAAAUGCAAGGUGACUUAGAUUGUGUCGUUCCCCCCCCCCCGAAAAAGGUCCCCUUCCUCUAAAAUGCAACCAGUCAGGCAACAAUCAUUUGUUAAGUGCCUACUCUGUGCCAGGCACUGGGCUAAAAGGCAAAAAAAGACAGUCCCUGCUCUCAAGGAAGUCACUGCCCAGUGGGAGAAACACCACUCAAACAAGAAUGUCCAAACAAGGUCUAUAAAACUAUAAUGAUCACAAAGGAGAUGCUAUGAGCAUUAAGGGGAGUUGGGAAGGGCUUCUUGUAGGAGGUAAGAUUUCAGCAGGCACAUCCAGGAAGCCAUGAGGUGAGAGGAGGGGAGGGGGACAUUCCAGCCCUGGGGGAUAGCCAGUGCAAAUGCAGAGUCCAGAGGAGUAUCUUGUGGGAGGAACAGCAAAGAGGCUAAUGUCAUUGGAUCAAGGACGAAUAAGGUAUAAGACCAGAAGAGUAGGAAGGAGCUAGGUUAUGAGGGCCUAUGAAUGUCAAACAGACAUUUUCCUGUGUUACAGCCAUUUUUAAGACCUCACAUCAUUCUUUUUUUUUCUUUUAGACCUUUAUUUUUUUCUAAAUUACAUGUAAAGAUAGUUUUCUACAUUCAUUUUUAUAAGAUUUUGAUUUCCAAAUUUUUCUACCACCCUCCCCCCUCCCAA